CCAUGAGGUGAUUAAAGGCUGAGUUGGAUGCCACGCCCGGAUUUGAACUUGAAUCCCUGUAAGUUAUCAGGCAGUCGUGAAUGUACCGCACAGCCAGAGACUAAACGUGUCUUUUUUUCACUGGACUCUCUAUAUGCCACGUGUGUGUACUCCCUGCCUACCGUCAGCCCGCACUGACCGGCGUGGUGAAGUAUGGUCAAAGUUACCAGUGCAGUGAAGUAGGAUCCAAUAACCCCCACGUAAUCCGCAGGUUGUGGGAAGCUCCUCAAUCCAGCAGUGAAUUGAUUAAAAGGGGCUGCUGUACAUGUACCUUAUUUAUGAGAGGUGUUAAGUUGAAGUGUUUUGCUGAAAUUAAAUCAAGGUGUAUCUAAGCAUAUUUUAUGUGUUCGAAUACGCAUUACAAAUCUAUUACAGUCGAAGGAUAUCGCAUGAAAUGCAGGGAAAACUACGUCGUGUUUAGGUUGAGGAUGUGUAAAUUAAGGCUGUAAUUUUGCAUAGCUGUGAGGUUUUAAUUGUAUUAUAUUUCCCGUUGUGACUUAUGAGUAACUCAGUCAUGUCAGGACAUGGGUCCAGCGCUGUUCGUUUUUAAAAGUACAUUACUGGAUUGCUGUUUCAAAGCAGAUUUUUUUUAAAGUAGAAAACUGUUCAUGACUUUCUGGGUCACGUCAACAUUUAAACAACUGAUGUUUGAUUUGGACAGCGCAGGCUACAUACAGAACGUAGUUACAUAUUGUGUAUUUUUUCUAAUUCUUCAAUUUUCGCAAUCGAGUGGAGUGGUAGCGCAGUGGUUUGAUCACUGCUCUAUGAACUCGGCGACUCGUUCGUUUCAUUCCUCGCCAUGGCAAUCAGCAGCGGCAAAUGAGAUUCCCAAACCGGUCUUGCCAUCACACUGUGACCAUCCUUGUGAAGUAUGGUCACAUCUCUCAUGGCCCUUCAUUCAGCAGGGGAUUGAGAAAGCGGCUGUAAAAAAAUAUAUGAAUUUUUAAGCGGUAAUAGUAUUGUUGGCACCGAAUGUUUACAAUUAUUUACAAACCCUCAAGGUAAGCUCUUGCCGAACUUGGUGAGCAGGUUUAGUCGGAUGGUUGAGUGGUUUAGAAGCAAGCUUAUAUAACAAGAUUGGCGUUUAAAGUGAUUGUGAGCACAUUGUGUUCAAGUACAUUGUGUGUACAUAAUGUGCACAUGUAGAUGUUACAGUCCCUUUUUCCAAUCCGCUGCUGGAUGAUUUCCCCCCCCCCCCAAGUCGUGGAGAUUAUUAUUCUGAGUCGCUGCCAAAGGAACCGAAUGAAUGUGAACAUCUCCCUCCCAAGAAUUCCGACGUUACCUCUAAACUCACUCGUUGUGUCUCGCCAUUUACAUUUAUUAAAUUCGUCCAUCAGUGAUGGAAUAUGAAUUCCUGCAGUCACGAAAGCUUUAAGUCAAGAUGUAAUGCUCUGUGUGCUUGUAUCAAACGUGAGCACCAGUUUUCGCGUUUUAAUUCGUGUGUUGUGAGCACUUGUUUUCGCAUUUAAUUCGUGUUUGCGUCGGCUUAAAAGCCUCGCCGCUUGAAUGCCACUCGAGAGGCAAACGACAACUAUGUUGAUGAAGUGCGGAACCCGGACAAUCGCUGGGCAUAAAAUUACACUCGAAAAAAAGUACAGUGGUACUUUAGGUAGGUUAAAAGCCCACCCACACAUUCUAGUGGGUGGCUUCGGUUUCACAAGCGCCGACAUGGGACGGCGGCUAUUUAUAACGAGACUUCAGGAGCCCUCUGUGUCUGUCAUCAGCACCAGUGGUGUUUUAUUCGUGGCGAAUGUUUGUCAUUGGUGGAGUUGAAUGUUACUAAUAGGGGGAGUUAUCACCAGCAGCAACUCGAAUCUAUCCACUCUUGGAUGAAGGCCUCCUCAAGCCAUCACCAUCCCUCAUGGUCAUGUGAUGCAACCAUCCACCUAGCUGUAUUGUGUACGUCCAUAUUUAUGGUCACGGCUAACGUCAGUGGCGAGUGCUGUCUGAACUAAUUUGUUGGUCCACCUUCAUGCUCGCACUGACCAGCGUGGCGAAGUAUGGACAAAAAAAACUCCCAUGAGCACAGCCCUGGGGGGGGAGGCCUUUUAUCCGGCAGGGGAUUGACCAGCGGGGCUGUGAUUUGGGAGAAUUGUGAUUUUAAAAAAGAGACAUUUCCAAAUUUCGAAUUAAUUGUUGCUUUGCAGCAUGGGAUUGCGAUAGUGAAUGUUGUUAAACUAAAACAGUUCAACAUUUGUCAUCACACUCUUGAAAUGUGUUUCUAAUGACCGACAUGUUUUUUGAUAUUUUACCCUUUGACCCAAUUCUUUCCAUGUACUGCCCGAGGUGAAGCAAUUGUAUUUACUGUAGACUUCCUUAUAGCCCAAUGGAAGCCUAUUUCUCUUCAUUUGUACUAGACAGCCUUUCAUUGUUAUGCAAUACAUACUCUUAGAUCUACCUCAAACAUAGUUAUUUUCAGUUCGCUCGAACACCAGUGUUAUUGUCCACUGUGAUUGAGUGAUUGACGCAAACUGGAAAUUUGAGAAAUGAAGUGAUUGUGAUGAUACAUUUUUGUACACGUCACACUCGUUCAAAUGGCUUUUGCCCCAUUUAUCUCGGCUCCAAUUAAAUAGCUUGUCACGAGUGACGCUUAUUGCAAGGACCUUCCUAUAAGCGUUUGUUUUUCUCAGAAGUGCAUUUUAGUGUGUGGGUGUUGUGCUGCUCGCAUGUCCGGGGUAACAGCGGACUUGAGGCCCCAGUGCCAAAUGGAUACCGCGCAAGUGAACGGAGUGCGGAGGAGAUUGCCGCCAUCGGCUGGGACCGAUGGCCUGCAGGGAGACGCAUCAACCCAGGUGUCGGACAGGAGGAGGUUGGAAGAUGACUUGCCAACUUCAUCGUCCGCAGCCUCUCCAGACCCUGCCGCCACCGUCUCCUCGAAAGAGAGCGAGGAGGAGGAGGAGGUGGUGGAGGAGGUGGAGGACAAACGAGACAACAUCCUUCGUCUGAUCCACAUCCCUCAGCAGGCGCACCAGGCGAUGGAGAGGGUUGAGGAGUUUGUGUGCAAGGUGUGGGAGGGGAGGUGGCCCGUCCUUUCGCACGACCUUCUCCCCGAUUGGCUCAAGGACAACGACUACUUGCUGCACGGCCACCGCCCGCCGAUGCCGUCGUUCCGCGCGUGCUUCAGGAGCAUCUUCCGCAUCCACACGGAGACCGGCAACAUCUGGACGCACCUCAUCGGCUUCCUGCUGUUCCUCAUCCUGGGCACCAUCUACCUGCUGAGGCCCAACAUCGCGUUCAUCGCACCGCUCCAGGAGAAGGUGGUCUUUGGCACGUUCUUCCUGGGCGCCAUCCUGUGCCUCUGCUUCUCCUGGCUCUUCCACACGGUCUACUGCCACUCGGAAAGCGUCUCCAAGAUCUUCUCCAAGCUCGACUACUCGGGCAUCGCGCUGCUCAUCAUGGGCAGCUUCGUCCCGUGGCUCUACUACUCGUUCUACUGCUCGCCCCAGCCGCGCAUCAUCUACAUGGUGACGACGAGCGUGCUGGGCGUCGCGGCCAUUGUCGUGUCACAGUGGGAUCGCUUCGCCACGCCCGAGUACCGGGCCGUGCGUGCCGGUGUGUUCCUGGGCCUGGGCUUGAGCGGCAUCGUGCCGACGAUACACUUCAUGAUCGCCGAGGGCUUCAUCAAGGCGGCCACGGUGGGCCAGAUCGGCUGGCUCUUCCUCAUGGCGGUGCUGUACAUCACGGGCGCGGCACUCUACGCCGCGCGCAUACCCGAGCGGUUCUUCCCGGGAAAGUGUGACAUAUGGCUCUCGCUGAACAGCGUGGCGAAGUAUGGUGAACUAAGCCCCAAGAUUGACACGGUGGUGGGGAGGCAGUGUUCCAGUAGCGGAUUGACAAAGGGCUUUCCACUCGCACCAAAUAUUCCACGUCCUGGUGGUGGCGGCGGCCUUCGUGCACUUCCACGGCGUGUCGAACCUGCAGGAGUUCCGCUAUACGCUGGGCGGGGGCUGUUCUGACGACUCGCUGCUGUAACGCCGCGGGGACAACCCCGCGGAGAAACCCCCCCCCCGCGGGAAAAUCCCGUGGAGAAACUCCGCAGAGAAACUUCCGCGGAAAAACGCCGCGGAGAAGAUCCCGCAGAGGAGCUCCACAGAGAAUCCCCCGCGGAGAGGGCCCUGCACACGUGGAGGGCGUCACUCUGCCCCCACAACGGGGGGAAGCGCGGUCGCGGCUUGGACGAGCGUGGAGAACAACGCUCUCUUAAUUUUUGUGCUGACGAACUGUGUAGGCGUCGUAGAAUCACAUUGGGCACCGCUGGUGUAAAAUUAAUGCUGCUCUGCGUGCGUGCGUGUGUGUGUGUGCGAGCGUGUGUGUGAGCGUGUGAGUGUGUGCGUGUGUGUGUGCGUGUGCGAGCGUGUGUGUGAGUGUGUGAGUGUGUGCGUGCGUGCGUGUGUGUGUGCGCGUGCACCCUUGCAUUUACAAUCGGAGGAAGCACUUUUUGUUUUUGGGAAGUAAUUCACGUUUCUUAAAGAGGGAUGAGAAUUGUAGGUGCCGGUCUGGCCCCGUGUGCUGGGCUUUUGUCUGCUGGAGAAACCUUUGGCUGAAAAUAAGCGGCGCGCAUUGGAAUAUUUCGCCCAAAGUGAACGCAGGUUUAACGCUCUUUAGCUGCGUGUGGCUUCGGCAUUCUUAAGGCCGUUCGUUCGGCCGUUGCGUUUAAGAAGAAGAAAUAAGAGAAUAUAUUUGUAUCUAUGGCUGUCGAUCGACGUCUUUUUUUAAACGAUAGAAAUUAUAUAUUUUUUUGUUUAACCGAAGACGUUACUGAAGUUUGGACUUGAAAUGGGGGCAGCGGGUAGAGGCGGGCCUGGGUGGUGGUGGUGGCGGUGGUAGUGGGGGGGCGGUGUUUUGGAUAUCUGCUAAAGGUGUAGCUACAGCCGUCGCAGGGCUCCGUCACCAGCCACCGAAGGUGUUCUGGAGGCAUUUUUAGCGUGCUCUUUUUUUUUUGUCUGGUCGCCGCGGCACACUUGGCCAGUAAUUUAACAAAUAUACAUUUUUGGCUUAAAUUUUGAGAUGCUUUUAAGGGAUUGGUGUUCAUUUUUUAUUCUCUUCACAGCCAUGAACCACAGUUUGACUACCUAAAAAAAACCACCAGUCGUCUCUACAAACUGCUUAAUUUGUGAACGUCUUACAAUUUAUACUCAUAUCUUUGGAUGACUAUAUUAAAGAGUUUUUUCUGUAAUAUACAUACAAUUAAAUGGUAAUUAUACUAAUUAAACAAAUAUAUACACGCGCCAACAAACUAGGCGGAAGUCUGAACGUUUCCGUUGAUCGAAACCGUGUUUGUGAGACCAUUGUUCACCCCCCCCCCCACUCCGUUGUACUAUGAGCGCGUCGACAUUCUGACUCCAGUGCAGCCGCGUUGACUGUCCAUACCGGUUCACGCCCGCAGUGGCAAUUAUCCUUGCCGUCAAGUCAUGCCGAGGACAACGGCCAGGUUUUCACGGCAGAGAAACCCGUGUUAUCCCACUCUCAAUUUUCCGCCGCCUCGUGGCGGGUGCUAAGACGAUGUCACUUCGUCGAGCAAUUUUUCACAACUGACUUUUUUUUAUUGCCUUUUUACGUUAAUGAUUAUUGCGGUUUGCCCUUUUUGUGGCACCGCGUUGUCGGUCAUCUCGGGGCACCGGUGCAAUCGGGUGAUGUGAUUUGUUGGCUGUUUGUGUACACGGGGUGAAAGCUCAACAAAGCUCACCUGCUACAAUGUUUUAACGGACUGGCAUGCGCGAGCUUCGGCUCGCAAAAUGGCAAGUGUUCAUCUUUGAACGCUGUCUGCCCAAUUCCUUUUAUUUUAACCAUUAACAAUCAUGAGACGUACCAACUUGCAGACCCAAUGUGACAAUUGUAUCAAGAGUCGCGUCUCUACCAAUGCAGGCACCUUACCUGCUGUCGUGGCGAUGCAAGGCUCCAGUUUGUAAAGGUCCUUGGUUUUUUCAAAUAUACAAAUCGUACAAAUAUGGUGCUCGGUUUCAGGCAUAUCGUUUGCCUUUUUUUCUUCACUUUACACUUUGGCCUUUGGGUGCUGUGUCUGUCGUCAGCGUGUAUGUCAUCACAUCCACUGCGAGAUUCGAGCCGUUGGUGAUGUAGCCUUAUCGUAAAAGAGUAGCGUAAGAUUACAGUACUUUUGAAACAAACACUUCUUAUGCAUUGGCUAACAGAUUAUUAUAUACCAAUAUGGAACAAUUACCUAAGAGGUUUUUAAUGGUUCGAUACAUCUGCAAUUGACGGGGCUGCUGCAAAACUUUCUCCCAAUUAGCACGGUUGGCUGUGUACGGUGCAAAAGAAGUUCAACGUGCAUACAUGUUGCAGCGAAACGUCUGUGGUAUUGCUGUGUGCUUACCAGUCGAAUUUUAAUACGGCUGUUGCCAAGAGGGGAGGGAGAGCCACACUCUUCACCCGAGUAGGGGUGUUGCUAUUCCCAGAUGCCCCUCGCCCCUUAAAAGCGACCGCAAAGAGUCUGCGACGAUGUCACUCACAAGAGCAAACCGUUGUGCCAUUUUUUAUUUCACGUUCCAAAAUAAAUGUUAUACAAUAUGCCGCGGUACCUAUGGAUACUGAGGUUUUCCUUGCAAAAAAGUGACGGUGAAUCUUCUCGAAAUAAAGGCUUUUUAAGUUGGGAAAAAAGCUCAGCUCUGGCUGUUAUUUUAGUAAAUGCCUGUGUCUGUUUAGGGGUCGGAGAUGCUUAUCCGCCAACUGCCCGAGAAUAUUCUGCGUUUGAUUCCAGGUUUCGGUCGCUCGUGAUUAAACCGCCGUCAAGAUUAGCAAUUUGAUGGCCUCAGCCUGGUCUUCAAAUGGUAGCACCAAAAAAACGUAACUCCGAAUUUGUUUUGAGUUCUAUCUGAUGAAUAAAAAAAUGUUUUAAUAAUAAUUGACAUUUGUAAGGCGCAUUUCAUCCAAGGAUCAUCCCAACGGGUUGACGUGGUGAAUAAUCUUGGCAGCGCAUAUAGAGAAUGAGCCCUCCGUGUGAAUAAAGAGGCCUAUUGUAAGUGACUUCAGAGGUAGGGUCAGCGAUGUUAUUUUCAAAGGGUGUCUAAAUUAGCAAUGCAGUUGCUCUGGCAUCUGGUGACGUGGCUCCAGAAGCACAAUGACAACAUAAUUGGAGGAGAAAUAUUUCUAAACCGCUCACACAUUGAUCUAUGGUGUUUCAUGUUUUGCCUCUGUAACGUCUCAUUGAUGGACACUUGCUGCCCCGAAGGCCUCAAUCGCAGCCCGUUGUGUACAAAUUCGUCCGGGGGUGGCAUUAGUUCGAGUCCCUACACUGCCGUCAGGCGCAUGCGCGAUUGCAUACUCUGCGUAUGGAGGACGUCUUAAAGACAUACAUGCGUGUGUAUACAUACAACGGAGUUCGGACAAAUAAGCACACGGUCUGAUUGAAUCAAGAUGUAACACGUUCUUGAAAUGCAUACACGACAAUGGAGUCCAGUAAAAUGCUUUAUUUUGAUAUAUGCCGGAGGAGGUUGGAAUGAUUUGAGAAUUGCGAAGUCGCAUCGGCUAACGUUCAGCUUAUUUUGAAGCUUAACUUUAUACCGUGUGUUCAACGAAUUGGUGUCGGUGAUGAAUGUGACGAACUAAUGAACGUUGUAAAGACUUUCUUUUCUCGUUCUCAAACAAUUUGGGUCGCCCCCUUGUGUUCAUGUAGUCGCCAGUAUAUAUAACUCGAGUGUUGUUCGUAUAUAUGAUGCUGUAUAUGUACACAACACACUAUUCCAGAUGGGAUCUUUUGGGACGUUGGUAGUACGUUUAUUUUUUUAAAUGCUGUAAAGUUGUCAACGUUCGCAUAAAAAACAACAAAAAAUCGACAACAA